AUGGUUGCCGACGUUAAGAGCCCAGCUGGACUUGCUGCAUUCAACACCACCCUCGCCGAGCAGGCUUUUGCCACUGGCUUCGUCUUGUCUGGAGAGGACGCCCAACUUUUCUCCGCCCUCGGAUCGGCUCCAAACGCCUCCACCUAUCCAAAUGUAGCCCGUUGGUUCGCUAACGUCGCUUCCUACACCGACGCCGAGCGCAAGACCUGGGCUUCCGCCGGAGGAUCUGCUGCUCCAGCUGCUGCCGCCGCCGACGACGACUUCGAUCUCUUCGGAUCAGAAGACGAGGAGGAGAGCGAGGAGAAGAAGAAGAUCGUUGAGGAGCGUCUCGCCGCUUACGCUGAGAAGAAGGCCAAGAAGGCUGGACCAAUCGCCAAGUCAUCCGUCAUUCUCGAUGUGAAGCCAUGGGACGAUGAGACCGAUCUCGCCGAGAUGGAGAAGCUCGUUCGUUCCAUCGAGAUGGACGGACUUGUCUGGGGAGGAGCCAAGCUCAUCGCCAUCGGAUACGGAAUCAAGAAGCUCCAGAUCAUCACCGUCAUCGAGGAUCUCAAGGUCUCUGUCGAUGACCUCAUCGAGAGAAUCACCGGGGACUUCGAGGACCACGUCCAAUCCGUCGACAUCGUCGCCUUCAACAAGAUCUAA